AGAUGUCAAUUGGCACAAAAAAAAAGGAAAAAACGGAGAAGUAGAAGAAGACGAGAGAAGCGCAAAAAUGGCAGCAUCUUCAUCUUCUUUAUUGGCGAGAUCGGCCAAGAAGGCCGGGCCGGCGCUCCGGCGCCAAGUCCUAGCCUUGACGGACACCGCCGCUGCUAGAAUCAGGCAGCUGCUAGAGCAUCGGCAGCGCACUUUCCUUCGUCUCGGCGUCAAGGCUCGCGGCUGCAACGGCUUAUCCUACACCCUCAAUUACGCAGACGAGAAGGGGAAGUUCGAUGAGUUGGUUGAUGACAAGGGUGUGAAGAUACUGAUUGAUCCAAAGGCACUGAUGCAUGUAAUAGGAACCAAGAUGGAUUUCGUAGAUGACAAACUCAGAUCUGAAUUCAUAUUCAUUAAUCCAAACUCUAAAGGACAGUGUGGUUGUGGAGAGUCUUUCAUGACAACAAGUAGUGCAGAAGCUGCUAAGCGAGGAGGCAGCUAAAAGAUUUUUACCUUUAGGAAAUAUGUUGUAUAUUGCAAAUCUGAAAAUAUAGAGAUUACCAACAAAGCGUCGUUUGAAAGAAGAAAGGAUCUCUGAGUGUACCAGAGAGAGACAGUGAUGCCAAACCAGAGCUUGUAUAGUCUUUUUACUGCAGAAUUCCUCCAUGUCAAGUUUGAAUUCAGUAAUAAGAACAUCUUGAAUGUACAAAGUUACACACUUUGUUCACAAGAGAGAUGAGGAUACUUUUCACUAAGUUUGUGCUUGCCUGUGGAUAUGUUAAUUCAGUCUUGCAGAGGACCUUCGUAGGCAUAUGAUGGAUGAUCUCUUAUUUUUCUUCA